AUUGUGCGAGCCGGAGGUCGGACUGCAAUGGCGGCGGAGACAAUGAAGCUGAGUGGGAACCGCGCGCCUCCCAACGACGCCAGCAGACCGUCCAGCUACAGGGACUGCGUGUGUGCGGUCCUGGCGUUGGCCGGCUUCGGGAGAGAGCUCAAACUAAGUGAUGCUGCUCUGAGAAUAGAAGUCAGCAUUGAUGCUGUGGAUCUACCGUUAUCUCCGGAUACUCGCUUGUACGACUGUCUGCAGCAGCACGUCACUCAAUUACAGGCCGUAUCAGAAAGCUUAAAGACACUGGUGGAGGCUCACCGUGAUGCGUCAUCUACAAAAGACGACGCAUCGGUCGUUGCCGUCGCCUCGUUGUCACAGACGACGGCGCUGCCCGAGUAUUAUCCUUCCAGCCCGGAGGAUGCCGAAAGCAAGACGACGACGGCCGAUGAUGUCAUGGUUCAGAUAAGAGCCAGGAAGUCAGAGAUUGAGCGAAGAAUAUCUGCAUUUAUGGAACGCAAGCAAAUGGAGAUCAAUGAAAACAAUGUACGCGAAUUUUGCAACGUGAUCGACUGCAAUCAGGUUGAAAACAGCUGUGCCAGAACAGAAGCGGUUUUCACUCCGUAUCCAGGUUUGAAAAGCCACGUGAAAGUUACCCGGGUUGUGAACACUUACGGGCCCCAGACGCGGAGCGGGGGAGGCCAACAAGGAGAGGCCGGGGAGCAGCAGAGGGGGCCGAUGGCGACAGACUGUGGAAACGCCGCCAUUGAAGAACGACUUCACAACAUCGAGAAUCACCUGAAACUCCCGACAGCCGGCCCAGUUCCACUGAGCGUCUACCAGAGACUGAAGAAGCUGGAGGAUCGUAUCCUGGAGUUAGAGGGACUCUCACCAGAGUACUUCCAGUCCACGGCUCACCUCCACAAACGACUAAAGACGUCUCCCGCUCAGGCCUGCAGUCUCACGGAGCUGGAUGAGAAGAUCAGCGCGGUGAAAGCAGCACUGCUGAAGAGGGUGAAUGAAUUCGGGCCGGGAUACGGAACAGAGUGCCCGUUGUAAAAAUAACAACAACAACAACGACAAGGUUUAUUUAUGCAUUGUUGAUUUUCACAAAACAUUUCAUAUAAGCUUCUUUUUUUUUUAAUGGGGAUAAAAACUGUAUUCCUCUAGUUUUGUAGUUGACCAAGAUGUAAUUGUUACUUUAAAUAAAUAAAAAAAUAAUGUUUCCUUGGAAAA